AUGGCUGAAUCUGCCACAACCAAGGGAGUGGAAUUAGAAGAACAUUUGGCGGAUACAGAUGAAGAAGACAAUGGCGAUGAAAAUUCAAGGACAAUGUUUCUUAAAGAGCUAAAUCUCAUUCUAAUUCUCUCAUUUCUUUCGUUAUCAUCUGAACAAGUUGAUUUUGAUGCAACUGAGACCAAUGAAAAUGUCAAAGCUAACCAAGAACACAAAGUUGUUUCUGAUUCACGUUUCAGAAAACUGGGUGGAAUCAAUAAAUACAGGGCUAGUGAACCAGAAACUCAGAGAUUCUCGACCAAGUUUAGAGAUUGCAGGCAUUGUCGAAAAAUGUGAAAGAAAUCAACAUCCACCAAAGCUAGUAACAAGAGAUGUUACCAAAAGGUUUCCAGCAUGGCCAUAGAAGCUAUCCCCAUAGUCCUUGACUCCCCC